AAGUGAAUUGUCAACCACAAAAGCCAGUCGAGCUGGAAAAACAGCUCGGCGUCCAUUCACACGCCCUGGAACCAUCUGACAAUCAUAACAGCUCGGCGUCCGCAUACCGCCGUCGAGCGCUGCUUCUGAUUUUCCGUCGGUGGAACUCCCGGCCAAAAUGAGUAAAAUCACGAAAUUCUUCAAGGGGAGUUCGAGCUCCGGCUCGUCAUCCGGGAGUAAGUCCAAACACCACCACCGGUCCAAGGGGGGACCCUCUCCCCAGGAGGCCAUCCACAAGCUCCGGGAGACUGAAGACAUGUUGAGCAAGAAGCAGGACUACCUGGAAAAAAGAAUCGAGCAGGAAAUCACGAUAGCCAAGAAGCAUGGCACAAGAAAUAAGAGGGCUGCCCUGCAGGCCUUGAAGAGAAAGAAACGCCUGGAGCAGCAGCUGACACAGAUCGACGGCACGCUUUCCACCAUCGAGUUCCAGCGGGAAGCUCUGGAAAACUCGCACACCAACACAGAGGUGGUGAGAAACAUGGGCUACGCCGCCCAGGCCAUGAAGAAGGUCCACGACAGCAUGGAUCUAAACAAGAUAGACGAUCUGAUGGAAGACAUCAACGAGCAGCAAGAUGUGGCCCGCGAGAUCAACGAAGCCAUCUCCAGACCCUACGGCGAAACUUACGACGAGGAUGAGCUGCUGGCCGAGCUAGAGGAGCUGGAGCAGGAGGACAUGGAUGAUAACCUGAGGAGCAUGGGAGGACUGCCCUCAGUGCCCAGUUCAAGACUGCCCUCGGCUCCAUCAGGACGCGUAGCUCAGCGCGGAACGGCCAGAAGAAGGGGCGAGGAUGAGGACGACAUGCGCAUGCUGGCAUCGUGGGGAUCAUAAGUCAUUUUUUUUCGAGAGGGGAGCGAAACAUCGACAGAUUUGCAUUUUUAAUUUCUCCUGGGUUUUGAAGCAAUUGGCACCAUUUUGGGACAUGUUCCUCAUGUAUUCAUUGAGCAGCCAGCCACCAUGUUACACUGAAGGAAAUGGUUACUGUGCUUCCUGUCACUUUUUUUCUGCUUCAUUUUAAAAUUUGAUAUGAAUUGUGGAGUCACUAACUCUGAAGGAUUUCCAGCACUGAGCAAAAACCUACACUCUACUUGUAACACAGCUGUAGAUAAACUGUUUGCUCCAUUGUAAAUAUUUUUGCUUAUAUGUUAAACUAUAAUAAAAAAACACCUUCCUUGAAAAAGACUUGAUUUUCCUUUUAUCCAUAUAAUGUGAAAAUUGAUUUCCAAUUAAUUUUUGUUUCUACAACUCAUUUCAUAAAGGUGGCCGAAUUAAUAGUGAUCUCACAGAGGAAGACGCUCAAUCUCUGACAAUUACAUAUUGAUUCUUUUUCUUGAAAAAUAAACACUCGUGAAAUGUA